UAUUGAAAAGCACACUAAAUAAUUUGCACUUAUAAAUGCAGUGUGGUGCUCCAUACCCUUUCACAAAAACUCCAUUGCCAUCACUUUCCCUCUCGUGAGUUUCAUUACCAGGUACAUAUAUAUCAACUACCAAUGGAGAAUCUUCUUCCCUACAUAGCCGUCUGGGUUGCCACCCUAGCCAUCAUCCUCCUCUCCCGCCGUCUCCUCCGCCACAAACCCAACUUACCUCCCGGUCCAAAACCAUGGCCGAUCAUUGGAAACCUCAACCUUAUCGGUUCACUUCCCCACCGUUCCAUCCACUUUCUCUCCCAAAAAUACGGACCCAUCAUGCAAAUUCAAUUCGGAUCAUUCCCAGUCGUUGUGGCUUCUUCAGUAGAAAUAGCUAAAGCCGUACUCAAAACCCACGAUGCCACCUUUGCCGGCCGGCCAAAAACCGCCGCCGGAAAAUACACCACGUACAACUACUCCGAUAUAACCUGGUCCCCUUACGGCCCUUACUGGCGUCAAGCUCGAAAGAUGUGUUUAAUGGAGCUUUUCAGCGCCAGACGACUAGAAUCAUUAGAGUACAUAAGAAAAGAAGAGAUGAAAUUACUCUUAAGAGGGUUGUAUGAUUCAGCCGGGAGUUGUAUAACCCUAAAAGAUCAUCUUUCGAACAUAAGCUUGAACGUGAUUAGCCGCAUGGUGUUAGGGAAGAAAUACACAGAGGAGAGUGAGGAGGGUGAGGAGAUCGUGUCGCCGAAGGAGUUUAAGGAGAUGCUGGACGAGCUGUUUUUUCUGAAUGGGGUUUUGGAUAUUGGAGACUCGAUUCCAUGGCUGAGUUUCUUGGAUUUGCAGGGCUAUAUCAAGAGAAUGAAAGCUUUGAGUAAGAAGUUUGAUAGGUUUUUAGAGCAUGUGUUGGAUGAACAUAAUGAGAGGAGGAAAAGGGUGGAGAAUUAUGUAGCGAAAGACAUGGUUGAUGUGCUACUGCAGCUUGCAGAGGAUUCUGCGCUUGACGUCAAGCUGGAGAGACAUGGAGUUAAGGCUUUUACUCAAGAUCUAAUAGCAGGAGGAACAGAGAGUUCAGCAGUGACAGUAGAAUGGGCAAUAUCAGAAUUACUAAAAAAGCCAGACAUCUUCAAAAAGGCAACAGAAGAACUCGACAGAGUCAUCGGAAAAGACAGAUGGGUAGAUGAGAAAGACAUUGUCAACUUACCAUUCAUAGACGCCAUAGCCAAAGAAACCAUGCGGCUACACCCAGUGGCUCCAAUGUUGGUCCCAAGAAUGGCUCGCGAGGACUGCCAGGUUGCCGGCUACGACAUCCUGAAGGGCACCCGAGCCUUGGUCAACGUCUGGACCAUUGGCAGGGACCCGUCGUUGUGGGACAAGCCGGAGGAGUUUUGUCCUGAGAGAUUCAUAGGGAAGACGAUAGAUGUGAAAGGUCAUGACUUUGAGUUGUUGCCUUUUGGUGCAGGGAGAAGGAUGUGUCCUGGGUAUAGUCUUGGAUUGAAGGUGAUACAGUCGAGCUUGGCUAAUUUGUUGCACGGGUUUACGUGGAAAUUGCCUGGGGAGAUGAAGGUUGAGGAGUUGAGCAUGGAGGAGAUUUUUGGACUCUCAACUCCUAAAAAAAUUCCACUUAUUACUGUUGUUGAGCCGAGGCUUCCAACCCAUCUCUACAAUAUAUGAGUUGUUUCUAGUUUUAUUUUCUUUAUCGAUUUUCCAGUAACCCGUGUCAUAUAAUUUAAAGUUCGAACCUUUAAUGUUAAGAAAAGAAGGGAACUCUUAUCCGUAUAAUUUAAAGUUUGAACCUUUAGUCGUGUAAGCUCGUAUCUUUAAUGUGGAGAAGAGAAGAAACUUUUAUGGUAUAA